UGAUUUCGCCGUACCCUAUGGCUGACUGAAAAGCAUGAGCUGCGGCUGGGAGUGUGAUAUGAACAGUCUGUAAAAAGCUAACAGUAACUUAAAGGCGACACGUCUGGAAUUGGAGGCGCAGUUUUCAAUACCUGGAUUUUUUUUAGUGUGAACCGUACGCGAUCGAAAUGAGUUUGCUUGCCAAAAUUGCGGAAAUCGAGUCCGAGAUGGCUCGGACCCAGAAGAACAAGGCCACAGCUCACCACUUGGGGCUGCUGAAGGCUCGCUUGGCCAAGCUGCGGCGGGAGCUCAUCACACCCAAGGGUGGCAGUGGUGGUGGUGCCGGGGAAGGUUUCGACGUGGCGAAGACCGGUGAUGCCCGUAUCGGGUUCGUCGGGUUCCCGUCUGUAGGAAAGUCCACUCUGCUCAGCAACCUGGCAGGAGUGUACUCUGAGGUGGCAGCCUACGAGUUCACCACCCUCACCACCGUGCCAGGGGUCAUCCGCUACAAGGGUGCUAAGAUUCAGCUACUGGAUCUUCCAGGGAUCAUCGAGGGGGCCAAGGAUGGAAAGGGCAGGGGAAGGCAGGUCAUAGCAGUGGCUCGAACCUGCAACCUGAUCCUGAUCGUGCUGGACGUGCUGAAACCCCUGGGACACAAGAAGCUGAUUGAGCACGAGCUGGAAGGCUUUGGGAUCCGGCUCAAUAAGAAGCCGCCCAACAUCGGCUUCAAGAAGAAGGACAAGGGCGGAAUCAACUUCACUGCCACGUGCUCCCAGAGUGAACUGGACUUGGAGACAGUGAAAAGCAUCCUGGCUGAGUACAAAAUCCACAACGCAGACGUCACCCUCCGCAGUGACUGCACGGCCGAUGACCUCAUCGACGUGGUGGAGGGAAACCGGGUUUACAUCCCCUGCAUUUAUGUGCUGAACAAGAUCGACCAGAUCUCCAUAGAGGAGCUGGACAUCAUCUACAAGGUCCCCCACUGCGUACCCAUCUCGGCGCACCACCGCUGGAAUUUCGAUGACCUGCUGGAGAAGAUCUGGGACUACUUGCACCUCGUGCGCAUCUACACCAAGCCAAAAGGGCAGCUCCCAGACUACACGGCCCCCGUUGUGCUUCCUGACGGACGGACAGCCGUGGAGGACUUCUGCAUGAAGAUCCACAAGAACCUCAUGAAAGAGUUCAAAUACGCCCUCGUGUGGGGCACGUCGGUCAAGCACAACCCUCAGAAGGUGGGGAAGGAUCACAUCCUGGAGGAUGAGGAUGUCAUUCAGCUGGUCAAGAAGUAGAGGGACCUUUUAAACCCACCCCCACACACCCCUUCCUGACCACCACACCACGACUGUAGAUAUGGUUAGGGGCUGGAUGGACUUGGGGGCCCACAAAGUGCAAAUGGCGUUAUCAGUGUUGUCAUCUUGUUCUCGUUUUAUUUGUCAAUAUAUAUGCCUGCAGAGUUUUGUUUAAAACAUGCAUUUUGGCAAGUAUGACUCACUGAUCUCUAAGGGUAAAAAUGUCUUGGGGAUGGUAACGCUGAGAAAGAGGCAAUAUAACAACCUUAUUCCGAAGUGCAUCACUUAAUUUCCACUGAGGCGAUCCUGCUCAAGGUAACAUAUUUAAGUGGGUAGUUUUUUGUGCUGUAAUCAUCUACGAUCAUGGCUAAUACAGACAUACCUUCCAGCAGGUAGCAAUGUCUGAAAUGUUUGUAAAGGAUAUUUUACGAGGCGGAUUUAAAAAACGAUGGACCCCACCAACAAACUCAGUCAUCCAUGUUUAACUGGCUCUUUGGCAGAAUGUGAAUACGUGUGCUUCAAGUCCACUGAUACAUGGGGAAAAUAAAUUCUCAAACUGCGUAA